CCUGGUUGAUGCAUGCAAUGUCUGAGCAGGGGAACGCGACCAUAGUAUUAUUUGGAGAACAGCGCUGCAAGGUUUGGCCAGUGUAUUUCUACCAAACGCGCGCACACAGGAAUUGUAGGAAAUUGGCUACUACAAAAAGUUACCUUAGAUUCGCAGUGGAAUUCGGGCAGUUGAAGGGAUAAGUACGUUGCUAUGGCAGCCAAGGCAUCCAAAAGGAAGUGGGGUGCCCUGAAGGAGCACCUGACCAGCAGCCCCCCUGACCGAGAUGCUCACCUGGAGGCCAACUUGGAGAACUCAGUUCCAGAGCUAUGCAUACGACUGCUACAGGUACCCACAGUGGUCAACUACUCAGGGGUGCGGAGGCGUCUGGAGGGCAGUGACCAGGAAUGGAUGGUGCAGUUCCUGGAGCUCAAUGGACUGGAUCUGCUGAUGGAGGCCCUGCAGAGGCUGUCUGGCCGGGGGUGUGCCCGCAUCGCUGACGCCCUCCUCCAGCUCACUUGUGUGGCCUGUGUGAAGGCAGUGAUGAACUCCUCCGCUGGGCUGCACUUUAUACUGGACAAUGAGGGAUACGUCAGGACCCUGUCACAAGCCCUGGACACGUCCAACACCAUGGUAAAGAUGCAGGUGUUUGAGCUGCUGGCGGCCCUCGCCCUGUUUAACCCACAGGGACACCACCUGGCCAUGGAUGCCCUGGAGCACUAUAAAAGUGUGAAUAUGCAGCAGUACCGCUUCAGUGUCAUCAUGAAUGAGCUGCAUGCGACUGACAACGUUCCGUACAUGGUCGUCCUCAUGAGUGUGGUCAACGUGAUCAUCUUUGGGGUAGAGGACCUGAGGAAGCGGGACAAACGACGCAAAGAGUUCAUCGGGCUUCAAUUACUACAAUUACUUCCAAAACUUAGGUAA